GCGCAGCCCUCCCUGGCUCCGCACCGCCCGCAGGAAGGCGCAGCGGGGUGGGGACGGGAGGAAGGAGCGGAGCCUCCCCCGGGCUGGGCAGCGCAGCUCCGGCCCGUGCCAUGUCGGAGACGGAGAGCGGAGCUGCAGGCCCCCUUUAGGUACUGGAAGGUGCUCUAAGGUCUCCCUAGAGCCCUCUCUCUCAACCUGUCUCCAUAGCAGAGGUGCUCCAGCCCUCUGAGGAUCUUUGUGGCCUCCUCUGGACCUGCUCCAGCACAACCCUGAAACAUGAGUGCGGAAACAGAUGCAGUUUCCACAUCUGCUUACUCAUCACCAGCCAAAAGCUUGGGAGACCCUGGAAUAACUCCACUGUCUCCUUCACAUAUUGUGAAGGACUCUGAUGCAGAUGAUGCUGUAGAACAGUUAUUUCUUGUUGUUGUGGCUAUUGAUUUUGGCACAACAUCCAGUGGCUACGCCUACAGCUUCACCAAGGAACCAGAAUGUAUUCAUGUAAUGAGACGAUGGGAAGGUGGAGAUCCAGGUGUAUCCAACCAGAAGACACCAACCACUAUCCUCCUAACUCCAGAAAGAAAGUUUCAUAGUUUUGGCUAUGCAGCAAGAGAUUUCUACCAUGACUUGGAUCCCACUGAAUCGAAGCACUGGUUGUAUUUUGAAAAGUUUAAGAUGAAACUACAUACCACUGGUAAUCUUACCAUGGAGACAGACCUGACAGCUUCAAAUGGCAAAAAAGUCAAAGCACUUGAGAUAUUUGCUUAUGCUCUGCAAUUCUUUAAGGAACAGGCGUUAAAGGAGCUCAGUGACCAGGGAGGCUCGGACUUUGAAAACACUGAAGUAAGAUGGGUUAUUACAGUGCCUGCUAUUUGGAAACAGCCUGCAAAGCAGUUUAUGAGACAAGCUGCCUACAAGGCAGGAAUGGCAUCUCCUGAAAAUCCCGAGCAGUUGAUCAUUGCCCUGGAACCUGAGGCUGCCUCUAUCUACUGCCGAAAGCUCCGCCUGCACCAGAUGAUAGACCUGAGCAGUAGGGCACCUGUCAAUGGCUACAGCCCGAGUGACACUAUUGGAACUGGAUUUACACAGGCUAAGGAACACGUGCGUCAUAAACGACAGAGUCGUACCUUUAUGGUGGAAAACGUCAUAGGAGAGAUCUGGUCUGAACUGGAGGAAGGGGACCGUUACAUCGUUGUUGACAGUGGAGGAGGCACAGUGGAUAUGACUGUCCAUCAGAUCAGGCUCCCUGAAGGACACCUGAAGGAGCUGUACAAAGCAACAGGUGGGCCAUAUGGUUCUCUAGGUGUGGACUAUGAAUUUGAAAAGCUCCUGUGUAAAAUAUUUGGAGAAGAUUUUAUUGAGCAAUUUAAGAUCAAGCGUCCUGCAGCCUGGGUGGAUCUGAUGAUAGCAUUUGAGUCCCGUAAACGGGCAGCAGCUCCAGACAGGACCAACCCACUAAAUAUCACUCUGCCCUUCUCCUUCAUUGAUUAUUACAAGAAGUUUCGAGGCCACAGCGUAGAACAUGCCUUGAGGAAAAGCAAUGUGGACUUCGUGAAGUGGUCUUCCCAGGGAAUGCUGAGGAUGAGCCCAGAUGCAAUGAAUGCUCUUUUCAAACCUACAAUUGACCAGAUUGUUCAGCACCUCAGUGAAGUGUUCGACAAGCCAGAAGUGACCAACGUCAAAUUUCUGUUCCUGGUGGGUGGCUUUGCCGAAUCCCCCUUACUCCAACAAGCUGUGCAGAGUGCUUUUGGUUCAAGAUGUCGAGUCAUCAUUCCUCAGGAUGUAGGUCUCACCAUCCUCAAAGGAGCUGUUCUCUUUGGCCUAGACCCUGCGGUCAUCAAAGUGCGGCGUUCGCCGCUCACCUAUGGCGUUGGUGUGCUCAACCGGUUCGUGGAAGGGAAGCACCCACCAGAGAAGCUUCUAGUCAAAGAUGGCACACGCUGGUGCACUGAUGUCUUUGACAAAUUUAUCUCAGCCGACCAAUCUGUAGCGCUUGGGGAAACUGUGACACGCAGUUACACACCUGCCAAACCUUCCCAGCUGGUAAUAGUGAUCAAUAUCUAUAGCUCAGAACAAGACAACGUUAGCUUCAUCACUGAAUCUGGCGUGAAGAAGUGUGGCACCCUUCGCCUGGAUCUCACGGGAACUGACGCUUCAGUGCCAAACCGGCGGGAGAUCAAAACACUGAUGCAGUUUGGGGACACUGAAAUCAAAGCCAUGGCCAUUGAUGUUGCGACCUCUAAAAGUGUCAAAGUUGGUAUUGAUUUCUUAAACUACUAAUGGUCCUUUUCCCCACCACAGCCUGUUUGUGAGACUGAUCUUCCAGUAUUCCAUUUUUUGACUUUCAUAUAUCAUGUAGUCAAGUUGAAUUUCAGCAGGCUAUGUGAGAACAGCUAGUACUAAGGUGGGGUAAUGUCGUGUUUGUACCCUUUGGCGACCAAAGGCUCCAUUUUCAAAGACCCUUACAAAGUUUUGGGAGCUAAAGUCCAGAGGUAGUAAAAGUUCCCAAAUUACUCAAGCAUGCAUAAAGAUCUACCUUUAUUAAGUAAACACUGAUUAUUCUUGGGUCUCGAAGGCUAGUUAAAAAUAUAUAAAAUUAUAAUCUCUUUGCCUUGUUGUUGUUCUUCUUCUUCCUCCUCAGAAAAAGUUACUAACCCACAUGGUUGUUGUAGGGGGUGUAUUUGUGUGGAAUAUCUGUUUAAAUAGCACCAUCCUCUGGCAGUGGGAACAAAUUAGUAGUAUUCUUUUGACUUUACCCGGUGCUUUUGAAAUUUAAAGUGUUGAAAAUUAAUGACUCAAAGAAAUGGGAAAAGAAAAUCCUCAGAAAUCCUUAAAAUUACAUUUAGGAAGCAGAUAUAUAUAUAUCUCAGAACCUAAUAUUGAUUGCUCCAGUUUGAAAACAAGGCCUUUAUUGUCAAAGCUCUCAGAACAAACUGUUAGAUUAAUUAGCGAGCAUUGCCCUCAUUAUACUUCAGAAGACUAUUAAGAGCAAAGCUGUUUCCCAUUUGGGUCUUUUAAACUUAUUUUUAUUAGUUUCCAUCUGAAACCACGGAAUCACAUAACAGUUGAACAGGACAUCCAUUGACUGUCUGAUGCGACCUCUCAGCUCUAAGCAGUAUCAGCCAGAAUAGGUUGCUUUCUUCAGUUCUGAAUAUCUCCAGAAUGGAGAUGCCUAAACUUCAUUUGACAACCCUCACUGCAAAAAAGCUUCUUCUUUUGUUUGAAAGGAAUAUCUGGGGUCUGAAUUCGUGAACAUUGCCUCUUACACUGGAUACCUCUGAUAAGUCUGACUGUGUCUUCUUUCCUGUCUGCUGUCAGGCAUUUCUACAUGUUGCUAAAAUUCCCUGAGCCUUCUUGAACCUAACAGCCCCAGCUCUCUCAGCCUCUCCUCACAUGGAAGAUACCCCAAUCCCCUCAGCAUCUUCCUGGCCCUUUGCUGCUCUCAGUCCAGUAUGUCCACAUCUCUUUUGCACUGGGAAGCACAGAACCAGACCCAGUUCUCCAGCUGUGGUCUCACCAGGGCUGAAUAAGGGGGAAUAAUCACGUUCCUUGACCUGCUGACAGGGCUGUUCCCUGUACAGCCCAGGAGGCUGUUGGCAUUCUUUGUUGCAAGGGCACGUUGCUGACUCACACUCAGCCUUGUGUCUGCCAAGACCCCGAGGUCUUUUACUGCCACCAAGCUGCUUCUGAGUCCACAGCAUAUCCUGGUGUAUUGGAUUAUUCCUCCUUCUUCAAGGGAUUAUUUUUUUUUCCUGUUAAUUCUUGUAUUGAGAUUUGGAAGUACAGCUAGAUGAUGGCUGUCCAGGAACAUUUAAGUGACUUAAAAGAGAGAAGACCAUUCAGAUUAAAAGUACCAUAAUAUAUUUUAUGUAGCAGACAUUUAAAUGGAGUAAAAUAUAUUUCUGUGUUGAGUUGAAUGGCCAAUAAAGUGGAAGGCAGAAGCCAAUAUAAUGAAACUACAAACAGCAUUAAAUAAAGCUACGUGGCUUUACAUGUCUGUGAGCACAGAACUCUAACACAGGGUAAAUGCAAUGAUGGUCAUGGCAGCAUCUUGUUUUUCAAAUAACAACUUUCUGGAAACAUUUUCUUAAGCAUGUUCAUCUGCAAUAUUUCUUUUACAACUCAAAUAGUUCUUAUUUUGCAAAAUGCUACGGGUGGAAAACUUCUGAAACCUACAUUCUGUAUCUGCCAUGAACUGACAACUACAGAUUCAAAUUCAAAUCCCACGCCAAAUUACCAGAUUGGUGCCACCAAUCAUCCUAAAAUGCUUACACUUUCAGAGCAUUUAUACAGAGCUGCCCAAUUACCUGCUGGAAUUCAUUAUGUUUUUGAAACUUUGAAAAAUGUUGUUAUUAAUGAAAACCUUCCUUUCUAAUAAGUGGAAUAUGAGUUAAAUCCAUUACUGACACUAUUGGGAGAUUAAAGCUUAAUCAAUAAUUUCACUAAUUUAUGUUCCACUCCUGCACUUAAGCUUUCUGUGUUUAUCCUGCAGUUUUGCCACAGAACUGAUCCACUGCAUUUUGCCAUUGAAUUUUCUGUGUCUCCUGCAGAAUUCCCUAGUUGAAUGGGAAAUGUGUUCUGCGUUCAGCUUUAAAAUAUAUAUAUAAAUAAAGGACUAAGGAGAAUGCUAAGUCAUAGUAUCCAGCUGGAUACUUUCUGUAAUUACAAAGUGUGCUUGCUAGCAGUCGAUUUCCUGCUGCCUGCUAAAUGCUUUAAAAGCUAAAUACUGGGAUUUUUUUGUGUGUUGCUUUCCAUGGUUUACAAACAAGAGAAACUUUAAGAUGAGUUAUGAACAAUAUAAUUUUAUGUAUAUACAAUAUUUAAAUAUUGUACAGACUCUUUCUUUCUACAGUGCUAUUUUCUUGUAUAAAAACGCUCUUUGCCUCUGUUGAUUUCAUUCAGCUGUUAAUUUUAAAUAACAUAGUUUCUCAAUCAGCUUCUGUAAUUAUAGGCUUUUAAAGAUGGUAAGAUAUGAAAUGUAAAAAGCUGAUCUUACAAUAAUAGGAAAGAAUAGAUGGUGUGUCAGAGAAUACAACAUUCUUCCUGCAGUGCAAGUCAUGCCAGUUAAACGCAUUGCACAGAUGCACUAGUAUGAUGCUGGGGUUUUCAUUUCUUCAUUUCAGAUGGUGGCCAUUCUUUCUCCAGCAGUUUAUCAUAAUAAUGGAUGAAUCCUCCUGUAAAACCAAGUUUAAAAUUAGUUUAUAUGAUCUGGAUAUACAGCUUCUUCACUAGGUUUUUGGGUUUUCUCUAGUUAAAAAACAAACAACCAAAAACAACCGCAAACAAGAAACUACUUUCCAAAGUCAGGCAGCACUCAUUAUUGCAGCUGCAGGUAAGACCCAGUCUCUCUUUACCACUUCCACCUACCAAAAGACAAAAAUCUUUAAAACAGGCUUUGGUGUCUUUGCAUGCAGUGUUAAAUUGAGUUGGUCCAGUUCUGCACAGAUUUGUUUUCAGUGGCCUUAACACAGAAUUUGAUCUACUAAAUGGCUGCCAUACCCUCCUCUCCCCUAUGACAAGGAGGUGACCUGCAAGAUUAGGUGACCCAUGAUUUUUGUGCUGUUUUCAGCUGUCUGCAGGGAAUGCUGCUGGUAGUUCCUGCAGCUCUUCUGAAGCACAGUUCCCUGUACAGCAGUGAUUCUCUGCCCUUUGUAUUCACUUUUUGUAAGAUUCCAUUUGGAUCCAAGCAGGGGCUUUUUGCUGAAAUUACUGCAGCUGUAAAAUGUAGUUUGCAUAUUUUUGCACUUCCUCCUUCAGUCUGAUGAGAGCACUAUCAAGCUUACCUUUGCAGAGCACUGAACUACUGGACAAACUCCCAUCUAUCCUUGUUGCCCUCUUUAAGAAUGGAAAAUUAGCUUGUCUUCCUAAGAAAUUAGAAUUUUAAGUAGAAUAUUAUGCUGUGGUCUGUAGACUAAAACCCAGUUAAACAACUUUACAUUCUAAGAGGCAUGUGGAUGCCCAUUUUGAUAAAGGAUGGUAGGCUGUAAAAUUAAUGUGGAAUUUACUAGGAAAUGCGUAAAUUUUAGAAUUGUAGUUCUGAUACUUUUGCAGGAGGGUCCCUGCACAGCAUUUUUUUUGUAGGGGUUGCAUAUGACAUUAUGCAACUUAAUGUUGGAAAGACAAGGCCUGCUACCCAUAGGGAAGGCAGGGAUCUUGGCUUAAGUUUUGCUCUGAGCAGCAACUUGCAAGUUUAGGUCCAACUUACUGAACUCUAGGUUAAAGUUUAGCAGCUAAUUGUGAUGGAAUGAUUAAUUGUGUUAGAAUAUGAUAAAUGUGCAGUGAUGGUUAGGACAGUUUACAUUGGUAUGAAUAUACCAAUAUUUAUAUACAGGAGUUUUAAUGCAUUAUUAUGAGAAGGCUAAUUAUAUAUUGCAGACAUUUAAUUGCCAAGAUAAGCUGCAUAUUUAUGGUAUGAAGUGGCUUAAGCGGAUGAAUAGUAUAAAAGUUGUUGGGCAUAAUGUCACAGUACUCACCUGCUUGAAAUAAACUAUAUUAUAAAACCAACCAUUGUGGUCUUGUUCACCUCUGUGCAAGAUAAAUUCAGAUUUCACUGAUGUUUGGAGCUGUUCACAACUUGUCUGGAUUGUAUCUUGAGUGUUCUCGUGUCUUCAAUCAUGUCAAAUAAAAUACCUUAAAAUUAA